AUGAGAAACCAUACAAUAACAACAUUCAUUCUCCUGGGAUUAACAGAUGAUCCACAAAUUCAGAGUCUUCUUUUAAUUUUUCUUUUUUUUACCUACUUAUUAAGUAUAACUGGGAACUUAACAAUUAUCUCACUUACAUUAAUGAAUCCUCAUCUUAAAACACCAAUGUACUUUUUCCUACAGAAUUUUUCCUUCUUAGAAAUCUUAUUCACAUCAGCUUGUAUUCCCAGAUACUUGUAUAACCUGUCAACAGGUGAUAAGACUAUUACCUACUGUGCUUGUGCUAUUCAGGCAUUUUUUACUGAUCUCUUUGGAGUAACCGAAUUUUUUCUUUUAGCCACCAUGUCUUACGACCGCUACAUGGCCAUCUGCAAUCCCCUGCAUUACACCACUAUCAUGAGCAGCAGAGCCUGCAGAAGAUUGAUCCUUUGCUGUUGGGUAGCUGGCUUAUUAAUCAUACUCCCACCAUUUAGCCUAAGCCAAAAUCUGGAAUUCUGUGAUUCGAAUAUCAUUGAUAGCUUUCUUUGUGAUGUGUCUCCCUUCCUGAAGAUUUCAUGCUCAGACACAUGGGCCAUUGAGCAGAUGGUUGUAGGCUGUGCUGUGUUGACCUUCAUCACAACACUUCUUUGUGUAGUUGUCUCCUAUAUAUAUAUAAUCAAAGCUAUUAUAAAAGUUCCUUCUUCCCGGCAAAGGAAAAAAGCCUUUUCUACCUGUUCUUCCCACAUGAUAGUGGUUUCCAUCACCUAUGGAAGCUGCAUCUUCAUCUAUGUGAAGCCUUCAGCAAAGGACUCAGUGGCUAUCAACAAGGGUGUGAUAGUGCUAACUACUUCCAUCGCUCCCAUGCUGAACCCCUUCAUCUACACCUUGAGAAACAAGCAAGUCAAACAGGCCUUCAGUGACUCAGUCAAAAGAAUUGCCUCAUCUUCCAAGAAGUAA